AUGGGACACCCAGGCAUGCCGCACUAUCCUCCCAUGGGAAUGCACCCGAUGGGUCAGAGACCACCAAAUAUGCCUCCGGUUCCACACGGUAUGAUGCCUCAGAUGAUGCCCCCCAUGGGAGGACCACCAAUGGGGCAGAUGCCUGGAAUGAUGCAGUCAGUAAUGCCAGGAAUGAUGAUGUCCCACAUGUCCCAAGCUGCUAUGCAGCCUACAGUUCCGCCAGGGGUGAACAGUAUGGAUGCCCAAGUAGGCGUAACACCUCCUGGAACUCAGACAACGCAUCCCGUAGUUUGUGCAGCCCAGCAAACUGCCACAACCAACAGUUCUGUUAAUGAAGAGCAGUCGAAACAGAAAUCGACAUGGACGGAGCACAAAUCACCUGAUGGAAGAACAUACUACUAUAACACUGAAACAAAGCAGUCGACGUGGGAGAAGCCAGAUGAUCUCAAAACGCCUGCUGAGCAAUUGUUGUCUAAGUGUCCUUGGAAAGAGUAUAAAUCUGAUUCUGGCAAGCCCUACUACUAUAAUUCCCAAACAAAGGAAUCGCGCUGGGCAAAACCCAAAGAGCUGGAGGAUCUUGAAGCAAUGAUUAAAGCUGAGGAAAGCAGCACAAAGCCCGACGAAUCAACUCCAACAGCAUCUGCUCCAGCUGUUGCAGCAGAAGCGGCAAACGCAACCGCCGCAGCCACAACCGCUGCUGAAACUGCCGCCGCUGCUACCACCACCACCACGUCCUCAGCAAAGGCAGCCCCCGAAGCGGAGUCCGCUGCAGCUGCUUCGGUGGCAGAAAACGAGAGUGCUGGCACCGCCGCGGCUGAGGAGCAGGGACAAGCAGCUUCUGCGUCUGCUGGGCAGGAGCAGGGUGGAGAAGCAGCAGCUAGCGCAGCAGACGACUCUUCCAAGCAGGAGGCUUCAGCAGAUGCUGCUUCAAAGAAAGAUGACGACGAUGCCCAACCUGUUAAAAAAACCUACACGUGGAAUACAAAGGAAGAGGCAAAGCAAGCGUUUAAAGAACUGUUAAAAGAGAAGCGAGUGCCAUCCAAUGCUUCUUGGGAGCAGGCUAUGAAAAUGAUCAUCAAUGAUCCGAGAUACAGUGCUUUGGCAAAAUUAAGUGAAAAAAAGCAAGCCUUUAAUGCUUACAAAGUUCAGACAGAAAAAGAAGAGAAAGAAGAAGCAAGAUCAAAAUACAAAGAAGCUAAAGAAUCCUUCCAGCGUUUUCUUGAAAACCAUGAAAAGAUGACAUCCACAACAAGAUACAAAAAAGCUGAACAAAUGUUUGGGGAGAUGGAAGUCUGGAAUGCGAUAUCUGAGCGUGAUCGUCUUGAAAUUUAUGAAGAUGUCCUGUUUUUUCUCUCCAAGAAAGAGAAGGAACAAACCAAACAGUUACGGAAGAGGAAUUGGGAAGCUUUAAAGAACAUCCUAGAUAACAUGGCUAACGUCACGUACUGUACAACUUGGUCAGAGGCUCAGCAGUAUUUGAUGGACAAUCCUACAUUCGCAGAAGACGAGGAACUUCAGAACAUGGAUAAGGAGGACGCGCUGAUCUGCUUCGAGGAACACAUCAGGGCAUUGGAAAAGGAGGAGGAAGAGGAAAAACAAAAGAGUUUGCUUCGAGAAAGAAGGCGGCAGCGUAAAAACAGAGAAUCUUUUCAGCUGUUCCUAGAUGAACUGCACGAGCACGGACAGUUGCACUCGAUGUCCUCCUGGAUGGAGUUGUACCCGACCAUAAGCUCCGACAUCAGAUUCACCAACAUGCUUGGUCAGCCUGGAUCAACAGCACUUGAUCUUUUCAAGUUCUAUGUGGAGGACUUGAAAGCACGCUACCACGAUGAAAAGAAGAUCAUAAAAGAUAUCUUAAAGGAUAAAGGGUUUGUGGUGGAAGUGAAUACUUCUUUUGAAGACUUCGUCACGGUCAUCAGCUCAACGAAAAGGGCGACCACUCUAGACGCGGGCAAUAUCAAGCUGGCUUUCAACAGCCUGCUAGAAAAGGCAGAAGCCCGUGAAAGAGAGAGGGAAAAAGAAGAAGCUCGCAAAAUGAAGCGGAAAGAGUCUGCCUUCAAGAGUAUGCUGAAGCAAGCGACUCCCCCCAUUGAGCUGGACGCCGUCUGGGAAGACAUCAGAGACAGAUUUGUGAAGGAACCAGCGUUUGAAGACAUCACUCUGGAGUCUGAAAGGAAAAGAAUAUUUAAAGACUUCAUGCAUGUACUAGAGCACGAGUGUCAGCACCAUCACUCCAAGAACAAGAAGCACUCUAAAAAGUCCAAGAAACACCACAGGAAGCGGUCGCGUUCCCGUUCGGGCUCAGAGUCUGAGGAUGACGACAGCCAUUCGAAGAAGAAGAGGCAGCGUUCGGAGUCCAGAUCGGUUUCUGAGCGUUCUUCCAGCGCGGAGUCCGAGAGAAGUUACAAGAAGUCAAAAAAACACAAGAAAAAGAGCAAGAAGAGGAGACAUAAGUCGGAUUCACCAGAAUCGGACGUUGAGCGAGAGAAGGACAAGAAGGAGAGGGAUCGCGAGAGUGAGAAGGACAGAGCGCGACAAAGGUCCGAGUCGAAACAUAAAUCUCCUACGAAGAAACGACCCGGGAAAGAUUCC